AUGCAUUUAGCCCAAAUCAUAGAGUCGACUGGGAUGUACGACGACAUGGUAGUUGCGCUGACACACCGAUUGGAUACUAUCAACAGAAUCACACUUGCUGCCUACCAUGCCUGGACGAGACCAAGACGGGAUUCUUGGAUGAUGGCAGAUUCAGUGUCGGAGCUUGGGAUCUUGUUUCGGUCGAUUGUCUCUCAAGUCUUGGAACCGUUGUGGAUACUUUUCCGUGAGAUGCGACAACAACACGAGGAAGUGGGCAGGUCCCAGGGAGACGAAGAGAGUAUUCGUAUCUUGCUGCAAGUCGAGAUUGUUAUAGCCUCUCUCCUGCGGACAUUAAUCAUCAUUUGCGAGAACCAGAGCAGCGAGACUCAUCUGCUGGAGUUCACAGGUCUUUUCUACCUUGUAGUUCGCAUCUUUGAUGAGGCUCUGCUGCCCAUGCACCUGUCACCCGAGUGCGAUGAAGAUGUGGUACACUUGGUCGCGGGCCUAUUGACGUUAUUCCAGAUCUUUAGGACGCUCGAGCAUGUUAAUCUAGUGCCUGCCAUUCAAGACCAACUUCUCUCGGGAUUGCUAGUGCAUGACAUGCACAGUUAUCUUGGAGCCGGCAACCAGGGGACUGAACAAGAAGAAGAAUGCCGAGUAGCUUGCCAACGAUGGGGGAUUGCUUUCUAUUACUUGCAGCUUCGAUUUCACAAGUGUCCAAGCGCCGAGGAGGGAUCGCUGUCACGCGCAAUGUUGAAAUUGCAUGUCGGGGAGGUCUUGGUGUGGUUCUGGAGUCAUGACGGUAGUUCUCUGAAGGAUUGUAUCGCCAAGGAUCCUCCGCCCACUCUUCUUCGAAUGUUUGGUUCCAUAAGACGAUUUUUCGCGAUAUAUGUCAACUUCUCGAAUCGACCCCCAUGGAAGCGAGCCAAGUCGACCCUCGUUGGCGCAUCCUCUGUGUCGUCUGCAGUAUUAUCAAUGUUGAACUACCUUUGGGAAAUGCUUGAUAUUGUUGUACCGCUGCUCAAACCCUGCGACAGGAAAGAGCCCUUGAUAGAGUGGGAAGGAUAUCAGAACCUGAAGCGAGUGAUAGGCAAGCUGCUCUUUCAGGUGGAGCAGUGCCAGGCCGGUACUGUCUGGCAGGGGCAGCAUCAGUUGACGAGGUUCUUCAAAACUAUGUGGUCUAACAUCCGCGUACUAUCAAUUCAACUCGAUGUUGACGAUGAGUAUAUCUUGGAGGAUCAGUCGGACUUGUUGACAUCGCUUUGGGAGGCCGUGCACGACCUCAUGGACCGCCUCUUCCUCCCUUCACCAGAGACCGCCCUCUCAAACACGAUGAACCAACAUGGAGUCGACUGGCAGGAAACAUGGAGCUGUGUAGCUGACUGCGCCGUCGAAGCGGACGAUAGGGUCCAGGGGCAGCAGGGUGAAUAUGAAGAUACGAAGGAGGAUAAGCAGGUCAUGUCGCAGUUGGGACGCGCCGUGUCCGAUAUUCUGACGCUCAUGAGGAUGGCACGUUAUACCAUCGUUCACGAGGGACCAAAGCAAGGACACCAAUGCCGCCAACUGGACCUCGAGUUCGUCUCCUGGAUCAUGGAUUUGAUCGAUUCACAGCCCGUGACCGAUGCUGCGCAGACAUUGCGCGACCUGUCAGUAGUCGCUCUAGCUCCAGUUACCAUACCAGCUCCAGCUACAACUCCAACAGAGUCCAAUGAGUUUACGUGGUCGUUGAAUGAGUUGACCAGGAUCCGCGAGGAGUGUGUGCGUGCUCAAGCCCGUUAUCGUAACUAG